AUGGGACGUGUCCGCCCCCGCCUCACUUGUAAGGAGUGCGGCAAAAGCUUCGCCCGGAGGGAGAACUUGAACGAACACUAUCAUGUUCACAUUGGCAAGAAACCUUCUAGGUGUCAGGACUGCGCUCAAGGCUUCUCUCACUCCGCAAACUUCAGAAGGCACCAAAGACGCCAACACCUGCUCGAUCUCCCCGCUAACGAAAGUUCGGGCGUCUCCUCCAUCAUAUGUGAUGCUUCUCGCGCUCCUACCCAGCCUGCCAUGUCUGGGCCCGUCUGCGACAUUGCGCCCGGCCAGUCCACGCCUCAGGCCGACGCCUCCUUCCCCAAGAUUAGCCAGCAGACAUAUCAACCGUACAUGCAAAACGUCGACGACUCUUCUGCUUCGCAGCAACAUGCCAUGACCCAGCGCAGCCACUCCAUUCAGCCGGCUUCAUCUGUUGUUGAGCACGGCGAACCGGGCGCCACUGCCAUGAGCACAGACGUCCAGAGCAGCACCGUCGAGUUGGCUUUAUUUAACCACGGCUGGGUCACACCAAGCCAGAGCCCUGACUCCAUCGAUGUGAGCAACUACACACCUCCAGCUCCGUGGGACACAGAUUUCGCUCUAAACUCUGCCGACAUUUCUGCCACGUUUGAUUCGCAGCCGCAGCAUGUUAUGUUUGCUGUCGAAGAAGGGCAACAGUUAUGGCAACCUGCGCCGGCGCCCCCUCCCUCGUUACAAUUACAGUCUUCUCAGCAAUCGCAACCUACGCCUCAGCUACAGCUUGCUUCGCGACCACUUCAAACACAGCCGGCCCGCGGUCUAUCGCUAAUACCCAAACUCAACCACCAAGAACAGUGCCGGCGGAAGCCCCGCUCCAAGUUUGCCAUGACCAGCCCAUUUCAUGACUGUAUCGACUCGUUUGGUCACAAAUUCUCUCUUCAGACAUUUCCUAGGCCGUUCAAUGGUAGAGUCAAUGGUUAUAUCAAAUUCUUCUGGCCCCUCAAAGAAGGCAAACAGUCAGCAACAGCUGUGGAAGUGGCAAGUAUUGAUCAUAACGGUGAUUCACCUUCAGCCGUCGCUGCUACACAGACAUCGAGCCAAAGUUUUGAGCGAUCGCUGCAGCGUCGAUUCUUUUCAUCACCGGCCUCCGCCAGCACUCUCUUGGCAGGAACCGACUCACCCUAUCUAAAAUCAUCAACCUUGCCGCCGUCACAAAUCGUCGUAUAUCAUCAAUCACCGACAGCAAGCUUCCGAUCAUAUUAUCAGAAUGAUAUUAUUAAGGCUCCGCAGCUCCUCCCGCCACAACUCGGACAUGAUGUGUUUAUGGACAACAUGGGCAGAAAGCUGUUCAGUUUUUAUACACAAACUUGGUGUCCUGGGCGAAGUGUGUUGACAAAAACCAACCUAUGGUUGACUGAUUUCGCCAGCAUGCAACGUCCCGCUGUUGUAGCCGCUAUACAGUCCCUCGCUGGUGUUUAUGUUCAUGAUUAUCUGCCAUGUGAUAAUGUACGGCGUCAAGUCAAUGAAAGGUUUGCCAUCGCCGAAGCCCGGCUCAGCGAGCUGCUCCAGCAUGCAGACGAUCUAGACGAAAGCGAGUCUGGCGAGCUAGUCACCUUGGCGUCAUUGCUCUCUAUGCAGGAUGUGGUUCUCACGGAACGCAGGCUCCAAAAACCCUACUGGCCUCGCUGGUUGACGGGGUUCACACAGGCGGAGAACGUGCUUCAGCGCACGGAUCCAGGCUCUCGUUUUUAUAAAGAGUCAAAUGUUCAGGUCUCUGCCCUACGCCUAUCGCAAUCAAUCAUCGUUGGUAGAGGUGUCAUUUUAGCUCAGCUGAUGAUGCCCCUCCCGUCUCUCGCUACUUUCGACCCUAUUGCUGAAACAUGUAGAUUUGGAUUCCUCUUAUAUGGAUCUGAGUCGGACAUGUAUGAAAUCCACGGUGGAUGCGGUUUCUCAAAACGCCUGCUACACAUCUUCAGCCAGGUGGCCUACUGUUCCACUCGCAUACUACAAGAAUGCGAAACGCCUUUUGUGCCUAUGACUGCCCAGAUGCUCUACGACCAGCUUAUGCAGUUGCAACAAUGGAGUGGAGAAUAUGAUAGCUGGGACGCUGCUAAAAACAGAUCGCAACCGAUUGAAUGGAUUCGCCAGGUGGGCGAGAACUACGUUGUUCAAGAAGCGAAACAGAUGACCGGGGUGACGGCGGAAGCGUGGAGGCUGGCUGGAAUGGUCUACCUGCAGUGCCGCCUACUUAGACUUCCGCGAAACCAUCAGUUGGUCGUUGACAACAUAGCCGACUUAGCCAAGUGCAUUUCUAUUAUGCCAACGUCAGGCUUUAUAUUUACGGCUCAAGCCCCGCUGCUACCGGUCUUCUUCCUCGGGCUACUAGCCACUGUAGAAGAACAUGUUUUAGUCGCGGAUGCCUGGUUUCAGCACGUCAUUGAAACCCCUGUUCGCAGUAGCGUGCCGCCACUUUAUCAAGCUUUGAGACGUAUUCAGAGCUGGAUGGACCAUGAAGUCCCAGUGCCCGCACCAAACACGGAACUGCCCUGCGCCAUUGCUAUGAGGCAACCCUGGUGGGAGCUUAUGGUGUCCAAGGUUCAAGAAAAGGAGAACGAAGUCCUCUGCUUGACAUGA